GGCUACUCGGAUCCAACGUUUUAGUGAAAAGUCCAACCUCAGUCUGUGCAGACGCUUCGUGGAGGGAUAAAAAGCAAAUAUUUAUAAAAUAGAAUUUACCGGAGGAAUAACCCCUUAUCUAUAAAUUACACACAAUGGCCUACAAGUGGGUGCAAUCUUCGGCCUACUCCUCCCUACCCGAGGAGGCGGUGGUGGGCGGCAACGAUGAGGACGGCGCCAUGAUCUACGUGGGCAGGGCGGAGCACGAGGGCGACAUGUUGGUCUGCAAGGUGGUGCCUAGCAAGCAGCUGGGAUUCAUUUCGCAGCGGGGCGAGGCCCUGCCCAAGGACAUCUUCGAGGUGCUGUGCGGCCAGAACCUGGUGUGGAUCAAGUGCUACGAUCAUGUGAUCCCCGAGAACGCGGUGCUCUGCGGACGCACUUCGCUGGACCAACCGGUGUACAUUGGACGUGGUCACUACGAGGGUCACCUGAUCAUCGGCAAGAUCUCCUCCGUCCACCGAGCCCUCUUCAUUGCCUUUCGUGGGGCCGAACGUCGCCUCGAUUCCUAUGAGAUUCUUGUGGAGGAGCGCCGAGUGGUUCCGGGUUGGCAAAUGCCGCCUCCACCGCCCCUAGAAGAGCCGGAAAAGUGCCCGCUUACACCGCCGCCACCACCUCCUCCGCCGGCGAUGGCUCCCCCCCUGGCUGCCAAGCCGUAUCCAUAUCCGGAUCUGGCUGCCAUGCCUUUUCCCUUGACCGACAGGCCUCCGGCAUAUACACCCACACCGGAUCCACUGCCUCCGGUGGGUGGUGUGAUGGCGAUGCCACGACCUACUCCAACACCGCCGGCCGGAGGAGUCCUAGUGAUGCCACCUCCGCCUCCUCCCCCAGCAUCUUUCACACCCGCAGAGGUUUCUGCGGCGGCACCACCACCCUUCGUGGCCGCAGAGGUCACGGCAGUAUCCGUUCCCGUAGGACCAUCGUUUACACCAGCCUCCACCUAUAACCCAUAUGAGGCAGGAUGCUCCUCCUACACUCCGGCUGAAUGUGCGGGUGCUCCAGCAUAUGAUGCCUAUGGCUAUGGCAACAGCUAUGACGUCUGGGUAUCCGCUGAGCCGGGAUACUAUUACUCCCCCGAUGCCGUGGUUGGAGGUCACGACAGCAACAUGGAGCAGUUGCUUGUGUGCAGAGCCUACUAUCGGGGUGUCCAUGUGCCGGGCAAGGCGAUUCCCAGCCGGGGAUGUGCCUACAUAGCCCACGGAGGCCGGGAGAUCGUCGAGCCCUCGUACCAGAUGCUGGUGGGCAAGGGCAAAUACCACUGGGUUCCGUCCUACGGCGGAAACGUUCCUCCCGGAGCAGUUGUGGCCGGAAGGACCCCGGGCGGGGAGCCACUUUUCAUUGGGCGGGGUCACUACUGCGGAAGUCUGACCCCCGGCGUGAUUGAAACCUACAACCGGUGCCUGCAAAUCCCAUACGGAGGUCAGGAGAUCCGGCUGAGCAGCUACGAAGUCCUGGUUAGGAGCGACAUUUUUCACGGACAGCAGGCCAUCUGCUUGGUGUAUUGAAGGGAACCCAUAAUACGUAAACUGAAAUCCGAAAGCAAACCAUCCAAAGAAAUAAUACUAUACUAUACUAAUGUUAAGGAACUGUUAAACUGCUAAAUAUUUCAUUUUUACAUUUAUAUCAACUUAAUAUGGCAAUGAUAUUUAUCUCUCUAUAUUUCAUCUCUCUAUCUAUCUAUCAAUCUAUCUAUGUAUCUAUGUAUCUAUCUAUCUAUUUAUCUAUUUAUCUAUCUGUCCAUCUGCUAAUAUCUAUCUACAUAGCUAAAGUUCUCAAACUUGUUUCCCAGUGCAGCUUCCUCUGAAAUACCAAAGAACUAACCGGAAUCAAAACAAUACCUGUUUAAUCUUAAUUAGCAAAUAAAAGUAUUUAUUAUUUUUAACCCACCGAGUUACUUGUGCACUAUAUACAUUUAUUAUUUCACUGAACACCUAUGUUAUUAUCGCUUUGAAAGUUGCAUAUGAUAAUCAUUACGUUCUGUACUUACUGUGUUAUUUAUUAAAUGACUUGCGUUUA